AUGGACGCAGCCAAUAAUGCAAUGACAGACGGGGAGCAAGAAAAGAACAGCGCAAACGCGGAAAAAAAGAGGCAGAAUGGCGAGCCUAUUCCUAUGAACAAAGAUCCUCACGUUUCUCCGUCCAUCACAAAAGAGUCGGGGGACGAGACACAGCAAGAUUCGGGAGAGGCACACGCAAACAAUGCAGAGCAGCGUGUGGAGAGCAGCAACGCCGCAACCGCCGCAGCCCCUGCUUCCAUUCCGGCCGAGAAAGUUGUUGACCACUACCAGAAAACGUCGCUUCUGACCUAUCUCGAGUUGGUCGAAGACAGUUUGCAGUCCCUGUUCUACAUCGGCCUUGGGUCUCUGCUGUCCCUCAUAGACCGAAACAUGAGCGACGGGUAUUCCUACCAACACAGUGCCGCAUCCCGAUGGCGACGAACGAGACGGGGCUUGGCACCUGUACCGGAGCCACAGAUAUCGUCCUUUGACGACCACUUCUACGGCCCACAGUUUCUGCGGAGAUGGCCCGACUUCGCCGAGAACCACGCUGCGACUUUUGAGAUGCUGUCCCAAACACUUGGGGACGAGGCCCUUUUCCCACCACCGUACACGAUCGAGAGUUCCCGGCUGCAUAUGCAGAUGAGCUUCUCAGACAAGUAUUUUGUACACCGGGUAGACCUUCCCUACUUUGUUAAACAGGUUAUGGAGAAACCGUCUCAAGCACUUCUAGAUGCCUACCGGCGGGCUCAGAGUGAUCGACUAGGCGGAUCUACCCUCGGUUCAAGUAUGGCUAAAAUUUCCUUACAAGGCAAGCCCUUUGGGCUCGAGCCACAAAACAGGGGCGAUCGUGACGACCUUAUGCGGCCUGGGAAUGACCGCCAGGCAUCCAAAAAUGAUGACGAUCGCGACCGCAUCGGUGGUCCCCAUCGCUGGUGCAUUGCCACUCAGAGCGACAAGAGCCAGAUACCCGUCCUGGUCGGCGAGUACAACGAUGAGGGUGGACGCCCUGUGAAGAGACUAGGGCAGCUCAUGCAGGCUGGCAAACUAGACGAUUUUUUUCAGAGAGUGGCCAAGUACAAACACUGGGAAAAAGCAACGUCCGACGUGGACGUAGACCACAUAUACAACCAGUCAACAUGGGUUUCCAACCUCCAAGUGGUGGAGAUGCUCUGCAGAAACUUUCAUCAUAUGAUUGCCACGGGCAUCGAGUAUGCCUACGUUGCGACGGGCGCCAGUGUCCUGUUUCUUCGCGUGCCCAAAGACGACUGGCGCACUCUCUACUACCACCUGUGCGACUUUUCCGUGCCUUCGGUCUACGACACUGCUGCCCGCAGGAACCUCAACAAGGGACUGCGUGCGCCCCACGAGACAGCCGCAGCCUACUUUGCCAGUUUCUGCAUCUGGGCCUCUCAAUCAACACCGCGACCUGCGUCCUGGAUCAGCGCCGCCGAGAAGGAUUUGAAGCGCUGGCCCUCGCACUACGAGGACGAUGACAGUGGCAGAACGUGCAAACUGCCAAGACAGCCGCCUGUUUCUGUACCGUGGACAAUGCCCUACUGCACGCAAGCGUGUCUGCGCAGCAUGCAACGCCAGGAAGCGCUGGACGACAAGUGUUCUAAUGUGCAGCUGCAUCGGGAGGCGACCACCCGCCGCGGUGCUUUCCGUCACCCGCUGACGGUUGAUGAGCUGCGAGACCGUGUCGUCACACAACUUGCCACCAAUUCGGACCAAGACUGCGAGUGUCUGGGCCGCCACGGGCUCUUUGGCCGCCACGGCGUCCUCUUCAAGAUCACGGUGACCGGAUAUGGGUACACAUUUGUGGCCAAAGGUGUGCGCGCGAGUGACAGAGAUGUGCUGCAACACGAAGAGCGAAUGUACAGGGUCGCCGAAGACGUGCAGGGCCUGAUUGUCCCCGUGUUCCUAGGUGUCCUUGACCUCCGCCAUGCCAUCCCGCUGCACUCGUACGUGCUCGUACGCCACAUGAUGCUGCUGUCCUAUGCCGGCCCUGACGUUCAACGGGCACGCAGUGAAGGGUUGCUGCCACCCAACAUUGACCUCGAGCGGGAGGGGCUUAGGACACAGAAGGAGCUGCGUGCCGAGGGUGUGGUAAACGAGGACGUUCGCCGACCGAACAUGGCAUGGAACGACGAAGCACAACGAAUCAUGCAUUUCGACUUGUACCGGGCGACUUCCGAAUACCGCAGCAGAGAGGACAAGCAGCGCGAGAACAGGACCCUCAUGGUCAAGACGUGGCGAAGGGAGUUGGCGAAGAGACUCGAUGCAGAGCGGCAGGCAUCAUUGAAACGGAAGUUGGACGAGUAUCAAGACGGCAGCGGUGCCAAGGACCAAGACGCAUCCCAAACGAUGUGCGACGACCAGAGUCGGCAUGGCUAA